ACAAUCCCUUACAAACCCCCUCUUCCUCAUUCUUCAACUCUCUCUCUCUCUCUCUCUCUCUCUCUCUCUCUCUCUCUCUGUUCCCCUCUCUCUGUUCAAACACAUUUUUUCUCCCUUCACAAAAACACAAAGGAAAUGUGUCAUCCAAGUUCUCAAGAUGUCACCUGCAAAUGCAAUUCAAGUCCCGAUUCUCCAAUCCCAAUCAAGAAAACAGAGCAACCAAAUUCUAUUUCCAAUGUGCUCACCAACCCGUUAAUCUCCAAACCCACCACAACCAAAAACAACAAAAGUAAAACCCACCAUGAUUUCCCAGAAGCCUUCAAGGAAGUGGUUUCCAUUUCCAAGAUCGCCUUCCCAAUGAUCCUCACCGGCCUCCUCCUCUACUGCCGCUCCAUGAUCUCCAUGCUCUUCCUCGGCCGCCUCGGGGACCUGGCCUUAGCCGGCGGCUCUCUCGCCGUCGGCUUCGCCAACAUCACCGGCUACUCCAUCCUCUCCGGCCUCGCCGUCGGAAUGGAACCCAUUUGUGGCCAGGCCUUUGGUGCCAAAAAGUUCACCACUCUUGGCCUCUGCCUACAAAGAACCAUUCUUCUACUCCUCUUUACCUCUAUCCCCAUUUCACUUCUCUGGCUUUACAUGAAGCAAAUUCUUCUGUUUUGUAACCAGGAUGAAGCCAUAGCCACACAAGCACAAUCAUAUCUUCUAUACUCCAUUCCUGACCUCAUAGCUCAAUCCUUUCUCCACCCAUUACGAAUUUACCUCAGAACUCAAUCCAUUACUCUGCCUCUCACUCUCUGUGCCACACUUUCCAUAAUUCUGCACAUACCCAUCAAUUUUUUCCUUGUUUCUCACCUCAAUUUAGGAAUCAAGGGUGUUGCGCUUAGUGGGGUGUGGACAAAUUUCAACCUUGUUGCUUCUUUGAUCAUCUACAUCGUUUUCUCUGGCACACACAAGAAAACAUGGGGUGGUUUCUCCUUUGAAUGCUUCACAAAUUGGAAAAUCCUCCUCAAUUUGGCAAUUCCAAGCUGCAUUUCGGUUUGCCUAGAAUGGUGGUGGUAUGAGAUCAUGAUUUUGCUAUGCGGGUUGCUUAUAAACCCGAAAGCCACGGUCGCGUCCAUGGGAAUCUUGAUUCAAACAACUUCCCUGCUCUACAUUUUCCCUUCUUCCCUCAGCUUCAGCGUGUCGACUCGAGUCGGGAACAAGCUCGGGGCGCAGAAGCCGGCGAAGGGGAGGCUCUCUGCAAUUGUAGGCCUCUCUUGCAGCUUCCUAUCUGGUUUUUUAGCUCUCAUUUUUGCUCUCAUGGUGAGAAACAUUUGGGCCAGCAUGUUCACACAGGACAAAGAGAUCAUAGCAUUAACAUCAAUGGUGUUACCUAUUAUUGGGCUAUGUGAGCUUGGAAACUGUCCUCAGACAACAGGGUGUGGUGUGUUGAGAGGAACUGCAAGGCCUAAAGAUGGUGCUAAUAUCAAUUUGGGGUGUUUCUACCUUGUGGGAAUGCCUGUGUCUAUUUGGUUAGCUUUCUUUGCUGGGUAUGAUUUUCAAGGGCUUUGGCUUGGGCUUCUUGCUGCUCAGGGUUCUUGUGCAGUGACCAUGUUGGUUGUUCUUGUUAGGACAGAUUGGGAAUUUGAGGCUGAGAGAGCAAUGAAAUUAACAGGAUCAAGUGUUGGUGUUGAUGAAGAGAAGCCACUCAAAACUGAAAUAAAGGAAGAUUCUUUGUUAUUAGCUGAUUCAGAUGAAGAUGAACAUUGCUGUAUUUAAUUAGAGAAAAAUGAAAACUGAAAAAGAAAGAUUGGAGACAGAGAAACGGACAGAGAGUGGGAUAAAAAUAUUUCAGGGAGUUGCAGAGCAUGCCAAGGCAAGGAGGAGUAACCAUUAUUUCUCUCUAAGGGCUUCAAUUGCAUUUUGCAGAGCAUGCCAAGGCAAGGAGGAGUAACCAUUAUUUCUCUAAUGUAAUUUUAUUUUUCAACAUUUUUUCCAGCUUUACUCAGAAGAAGAGACACUCAUUUCAUAAAUUCUUUCUUUUGAUUCUUA